AUGGCUUCUCAAAUCCAUGUAGCACUACUGUUCAUCUCCAUAUUCUCCCUAUUCUUAUUAUACUCCUCUUCAUCACCGGUUCCUGUUCGAUCUGAAUACGAAGUUAGUCUCCUUUUUGAAGGUUGGCUGGUAAAACUCAACAAGUCUUACCAGGACUUAGCCGAAAAGGAGAAGAGGUAUGAGAUUUUCAAGGAUAACCUUAAAUAUGUCGACGAGCACAAUUCAGGCAAUCAUACAUUCACUCUUGCUCUUAAUGUUUUUGCGGACAUCACUGAUGAGGAGUAUAGGGCCACUUAUCUUGGCACUUUACCGACACCCUCUGGAAUAGACAUGAUUGAUGAUAAUAGAAAUGGGAGUGAUGAGUACAAUGUCAACGAGACUGUCAACGCAGUCCCGGAUUCUAUUGACUGGAGAGAUUUAGGUGCUGUUCAACCUGUGAGGAACCAGGGUGGUUGCUUUAGUUGUUGGGCUUUCACGGCUGUUGCAGCAAUAGAAGGCAUAAACCAAAUUGUCACGGGAGAUGUUGUAGCAUUAUCAGAACAACAGCUAGUAGAUUGUGAACGUAAAAGUUGUGAUCCGUAUUACCUUGACAAACCCAUGCAAUACGUUAUGAAAAAUGGGGGCAUUGACACCAGACAAGACUACCCUUACACUGCUGUUUAUGCAAAGUGCAACACAACCAAGGAAAGCAACAAAGUUGUUACAAUUGAUGGGUAUAAAUGGAUUCCUAGCAAUAACGAGAAAAUCUUAAAAACACAUGUUGCCCGACAACCUAUUGCAGGUGCUGUUGAAGGUUAUGAAAGGGCUUUUAAGUUGUAUGGAUCGGGAGUAUUCACUAAAUAUUGCGGGACAGCGUUGGAUCACGCUGUGACUUUAAUUGGCUAUGGUACCGAAGGUACUCAAGAUUAUUGGCUCAUUAAAAAUUCAUGGGGAGAUUUUUGGGGAGAAGCAGGGUACCUAAGGCUUGAACGAAAUGUUAGUGACCCUGCUGGCAAGUGUGGUAUUGCCAAAAUGGCAUUGUACCCUACAAAGAACAAACCACUUCGGGUGAAGGAGCAAGUCCAGAGUGUACUAGAUUUAUCUUCCUGAUGCUGAGCGCACCAAGCAAAUGACUCGGAAUAAGAGUUUGGAUCUACGAGGAGUUCUUUGAAUAAAUAUACUUGAAUACCAUACAUUUGUAAGCUCAUCAGGAACAUCAAGAACAAUGUUGUUCUCUAAAUGCAUUAUUUCAGUUAUGAAUUGAUAAUAGAAACUUGAAUUAAAGUGUUCAGAGUGCCAUAGUUAAAUGGAUGUGUUUAAUUUGGUGCUUUUUGUGAAUGGGUAUGGAAGCAUGU